AUGGCGUGUCGCAUCGGUAGGAUGCUCACACGCCCAUCUGUCAAUUCACCAUUAAGGUGUCGUGAUAAUGGACCCUCUGGAUCAUGUCGGACAUAUGUCCAUUUCUCUCGGACACAGACACAUGAUUUCGAAUUGCCGAUCGAUACCAUGCCGAAGGAUAUUGACACCCUCAUGAAAACCGACCCCAAGAUGAUGGACUAUUUCGGAAGCUACUGGUAUUGGCGGAUACGGGGGGAAUCCACUCUUAUGGACCCCGAGUCCCUUCCCAAGAAAUCAUACAAACAACUGGCCGUUGACCUUGGAAUGCAAGUUGUCAAUGAACCCUCGGAGCACAUGCUGGGACUACUGGAGCUAUACGAGUACCUGAAGACAUCACCGUUUGUUGGACCCUUUGGCACCAUCAAGAACCCCGUACUGGUACCCAGUGUACUAACAGAGAGCUAA